UUUUUAUUACGCUAGGGCACACGUUGCAACUGCGGAACCGAAGCGAAGUUAAGGGCUUGCGGCACGGCCGAUCAGGACAAUUUUCGAUACAUUCAUCCAGAAUAGCACUUUGCAAACGUCUGGGGCUGUUUUCCUCUUGCAACAGGCAAUGCAUGAAACACUUGUAUUCUUUGCUGAAACACUUUUCAGCAUUCUAAUGUUCAGUCGCAGUUUCCACAAUAUCCAUCACGCUAUUGUUUGCGUUCUCCAUUUAUUCUAUUCGGAGCAUGCAGAACAUACGGCCGAUCAGCUACGAACGAAGGGAGUUCGAACAAUAGCAAUAUUCCUAUCGCGCUUUAAGAAGCAAUUCUGUUGACCUGUUGCUGCUAACCAGAUUUUCUCGGUAGCUGUGCUCGCAGCUCCUUGCGCUAACCCCAUCUGACAAGACGACUGGCAAACACAAUGAAUUUAAACUAAGAUAGCCUUAGCUCGCAAGAGAAGAAGAAGAUGAGAGUUUCUACAGUCGCCCCAAUCAUUGUCCUCAUCGCCCUUGUAUGCAACGAAGGGGCGCUCGCUAAAAGAUUAAGGAAAGGACAUAAAAACUACAAAUUGUCAAAGAGCGCACGUCAGCGUCAUCAAUCGGCGCACCAUACCGCAGACCACCGUCCCUCGAAAAAAGUGGGCAAGGAUAAAUCUGGAAAGUCAAGUGCACCGUCGCAGCCGCUGGAAAGUGUGGCGUCGCCGCCGGGUGGAACGGCAACCGGGCCUGAAGGCACGCUGCAUUCUGGCGGCUAUGGGUCUUACGGGCAUGGAGGAGGUGGACUCGAAAUGCUUUCCUUUGCCGCACCUGAGGCGAUGUCUGCACUGGGUGGUUCAGCAAGCGACAUAGCAAAGACAGUAUUGGACUCCAAACAAGGCAGAAAGGAAGAUACGGAUGAUGGCAAUGGCGAUGAAGAAGGUGGUGACAAGGCGUCUGGCAAGGCGGAUGCCAAGGCGGCUGGCAAGGCGGCUGGCAAGGCGGGUGGCAACGGGCCAUCCAGAAAGCCUAAGUGAAGUGCAGAAACAGCUCACUAAGUCAACGGGAAAGCCUUGGUUUCACUUUUCUCAAUUUGUACGAAGACAUGAUGACAAGGUACCUUCACUCUCACUAACGCUAAAGUCACUAAGAAGAGGACAAGAACUACAGAUGAAGCCAAAUGAUGACAAGCGCGCAUUUCUCUUUGCUGUCCUGUAUUUCGAUAAAGUUUUUAACAUAUG